AUGCAGACUGCUUCUACAAACAUUUCUGAAAGAAUGGGUCGCUCUCAGGAGCUCAGUGAAUUCAGCGUGGUACCCUGAUAGGUUGCCACCUGUGCAAUAAGUCCAUCCAUGAAAUUUUUCUUUCUACUAAAUAUUCCACGGCCAACUGCUAGUGGUAUUAUAACAAAGUGGAAGCAACUGGGAACAGCAACUCGGCCACAAACUGAGUGGGGUCAGCGCAUAGUGAAGUGCGCAGAAGUCACCAACUGUCUGCAGAGUAAAUAGCUAAAGACCUCCAAACUUCGUGUGGCCUUCAGAUUAGCACAACAGCAGUGUGUAGAGAGCUUCAUGGAAUGGGUUUACAUCACCAA